CCUUUGUCCUGUGAACGUUGUAGCGUCAGCAACAGUUGUACUCACUGAAUGUUGCCCCUCCCCCUUGGUUAUGUGAAGUUACUUUGGGACUCUCUUCCGUUCUUUAACGUUCUUACCCCCAAGUGCUCUAUAGAGGGUCUUGCACCUUUCUUCAGGGAUAAUUAGUUUCUUCUGAUUGAGUUCUGGCACCCAUUUCAAGUAAUUACUUCCCCAGUACGGUGCGUGUGUGUAGUAAUCCUGAACUCUGCUGUCUACAUUGCUGCCAUAGAGAAUGAGCAGUGGAAAACGGAAAGAGGAAGCACAGCUGGCCAACGGGGGAGUGAAACAGCUGCCCGUGUGGAGCAAAGCACUGAAGACUAACUCUGUUUGGGAUGACAAGGAUGAAUUCUUGGAUGUUAUAUAUUGGCUUCGACAAAUAAUCGCAGUUGUUUUUGGGGUCAUCUGGGGCAUCGUACCACUGACAGGAUUUCUAGGAAUAGCAAUAUUCUGUGUACUCAAUGCAGGAAUCCUGUACCUGUACUUCAGUAGUUUCCAACAGAUAGAUGAAGAGGAGUAUGGAGGAACAUGGGAACUCACCAAAGAAGGAUUCAUGACAUCUUUUGCACUUUUUUUGGUCGUAUGGGUAAUCUUCUACACUGCCAUCCACUUUGAAUAAUGAGGAAUCAUUUGUGCAUUUUUAAUGAACAAAACUUUUGAAUAAAAAGUAGACUAAACAUCAGGAAAAUUCUGCAAAGUAUAACAUUUCAUACCAGCAGAAAUUAAGGGCAAUUGAAAAUUUUCAGGAACCGAGAUGGAUAUUCCUGUCACUUUAAACAGAAGCCGCUUCCAAUUUUUUCCUUUAUGGAAAACAAAGAUGACUAUACUUGAACUGUUCGAAAGCCAUGGAAGUUUUUCACAGCACAGGCAUGUUUUACAGCCUUCACAUUUGGAAAUGAUCCCUAUACUGCCUGUUAACAGUUGUUAAAGCUGCAAGUAAUUCUUUUAAUUUAGCAAGUGUUAUGUGUUGAUGUUUCUUUAUAAUUUAUUAACUUUGUCUUCCCUGAAACUUACAUGCCAUCAUGGCUUCACCAGCCAUGUUAAGGAGCUCAGCAUGUUUUCAUUUUCUGUACAGGUGGAGAUGGUCGCCAUUGUCCUUGGUCUUGUGCGAAGUUGUACUCAUUUUAAUUGUGUAAUGGAACUACCAUAUGGUUUUACAUACUUUGGUAUUUAGUUAAACGUCAAGCUAAAACAAAGUCCUUUUAACAAAUGUUGUUAGUCUUUUUCUACAGUUCUUUUCUUCUUUCAGUAUUGUUUGCACAUGUUGCUACAGUAUCAUGAUUGAACCUAGAAUAUUAAGGAUAUGCUAAUUUGGAAUAGUGAUGUACCAGGAUACUUCCUAGGGGAAAAAUGCUGCUAAGAUGACACUGAAGUAUAAUGCGUGGUACCUUGCUAAAUAUGUUGUAAGCUUCCCACAGUGGCAGCAUUUUGCAUCUUGACACACAUUUGAAGAGUGAGACAUUUACUUUUCCACCACAUAUUUGAAGCACUUCAAAUUAUGAUCAAUAUAUAUUUUGAGACAAAUGUCUCGGUAACAGCUUAGUAUAGUAAUAUUAUUCUUUUUUUUUUUGGGGGGGGGGGGUUAUGUAAUCAAGCAUAUUGUCUAGGUUUUCAUGAGGUAAAGACAACCUAGUGUGAAACAGCAUGGACUGGUAAUAGAAUGAAUGUUUUAUCACUUUUUGAUGACCACGAUAAUCUAAAGUCACUAUGUACCUGAUUGCAUUGUUUUUGUAUUAUGUUCAUUUUCAUCUCUUUUCUGAUUUUCCUGUUUCUAUAGCUUGAAGUUUAAACCAUGGCUUGUUUCUUACAUGGAUCUACACUACCACUGUUGUUUACUGUGAUUAUGAGAUAUUCGAACAUACCGAAACAGUGUUUCAUCAAUUAUAUCAUAUCGUACUUCA